ACAUUGUUUCUUUCAUGUGCCUUGAGCAGACGUCUUUUGAUUUAAAGUAUUUUAAUAUUUAUUCAACUUGUUUUAAAAAUGAAAAAAUGGUGGAAUUGGAUCUUGGGAAUUGCAUUAUUUUGCUUACUAUUUAUUGCGAUACCUUUAACAUUUAGUGGUGAUGAGAAUGAAAAAUUAAAACCCAUGUUCGAUAAUUAUAUUCAAAAGUUUAAUAAAACUUAUAAAGACAAUCCAGAGGAAUACGAAGCGAGGUUUAAAUAUUUUGUGGCGUCAGUUCGUGAAAUAGAACUUCUAAAUUCAGAGUCUAGAGGUCCCGAACAGCACAGAGCUAGAUAUGGUCUGACUAAGCUGUCAGAUAUGUCUAAAGCAGAAUAUCGAGACGUCCAUUUAUCUGAUGAAAAGCCACAUAAAAGGAAAGAUAGACAAAACAAGACAUACAAUAAAAAGAAGAAUAAAACAAGCAACGUAUUUGAUAUAGAUGAUGCAGAGAGUGAUAAUUCGUCUGGAAAUUCACCUCAUAACAAUAUUUAUAUUAUUAUCAGAAAGAAACGAGCUACUUUGCCAUUAAAAGUAGAUUGGAGGGACAAAGGUGUGGUUGGACCUGUAAGGGAUCAAGGUCUGUGUGGAGCGUGCUGGGCGUUCAGUACGGUGGGUGUUAUGGAGUCAAUGGCGGCCAUGUCGACAGGGAAAUUGCAGUCUCUUAGUGUACAGGAAGCGAUAGAUUGCGCUGGAUUGGGUAACAGUGGGUGCGAGGGUGGUGAUAUCUGUCUGUUACUGGACUGGCUGAUGAUGACGGACACGCCAGUGCUGGCCGACAAGGAGUACCCCCUGAAGUUGCGUGAUGGCAUGUGUAAGGCUAAUUCCACUGCGACUGGUGUGCGAGUUGAUAGCUUCACUUGUAACGAUUUUGUGGACACGGAGGAUAAGAUACUAGAUAUGAUAGCGACGCACGGCCCGGUGACUGUGGCUGUCAACGCGCUCACCUGGCAGAACUAUCUAGGAGGAGUUAUACAGUAUCAUUGCAGCGGCGAGCCUCGUGAUCUAAACCACGCUGUACAAUUAAUAGGUUACGAUUUAUCGGCGGAUGUCCCACAUUAUAUUGUAAAAAACUCUUGGGGCCAAGAGUUUGGCAAUGCUGGCUAUUUGAAUUUGGCUAUUGGCACCAAUGUUUGCGGAUUGGCAAACGAAGUGGCGUCAGUUGAUAUCAAAUAAUCUAAGUAUGAAAUAAGACUUUAAUCCGUUCAUAUAAUUCUGCAUUAAUGUUAAAAAUAUGGCAACCCUAUAUGAAAUAUGGCAACCCUAUAUGAAAUAUAGCAACCCUAUAUGAAAUGUGGCAACCCUAUGUGUUAGGUCCUCAAUUCGAUAGCGUCCAGUGUCACCAACAACUAACUAAAAAAAUCUACUGAACUAGUUUAAAGAGAAGUACGUGAGAUUUUGAUUAUAGUAUGUUGGUAACACUUAGCCUAUAAAAAAAACUCCAACGAAUUAAGGGUUAAGGCAUCUAGAAUGAAACAUUUAUUAUGAAGCUAUUUCUCAAAUAUUAAACAAUGUUAAGACUUUCCCUGUCAUCUAUUACAAGGAAAGGAUGAGAAGGGAAAGAGAAUGAAUGGGACGCAUAGAUAAGGGAAAUAUUUCCAUGCAUCCCGUCCUUUGUUGAUUAAAGACCCAUUUGCAAAUCCAGAUAUGGGCAAUGGUGGCUUCGCUAUUUUGGCGAAUUCAGCCGCUUGCUCGCUUUUUAUUCAGUAGUUAAUAAAACAAAGUCUACCCGUCUUUGAGUGCUUACAAGUUUAAAACAAUGCAAUUUAUAUAUAGUAAUUCAAGAGGAAGGUUUAUCUAUACUAAUAUAAAGAGGAUAGAUUUGUAAUGUUGUAUGUAUUGAAAUAACUCAAAAAGUACUGGGCCGA